GUGUCUCUCCACCUGAGCACUCUGCCUCGCGCUGUCUGGCAGCUGAGAACAUCCUCGCGCUGGGGAGGAGAUCCAGGAGAGUAGAAGAGGAGGACGGGGAGACACCAGCUCACUGUCGGCCCAACAUGCACUCAGUCGGGAUCCCGUUUCUGCUGCUCUGGCUUACCUGGAGCCACUCCUGCGCUCUCGGAGGAAAAGUCAACAAGCACAAGCCGUGGAUAGAGACCUCGUACCACGGUGUGAUCACAGAGAACAUGGACACGGUGCUGCUGGACCCUCCACUGGUGGCUCUAGACAAAGACGCCCCGGUUCCCUAUGCUGGGGAGAUUUGUGCCUUUAAGAUCUAUGGUCAGGAUGCUCCAUUUGAGGCUGUGGUGUUGAACCGCACAUCAGGAGAAGGAGUCCUGAGGGCCAGCAGCCCUGUGGACUGUGAGAGCCAGAAAGAGUACACAUUUAUUAUCCAGGCCUACGACUGUGGGGCCGGGCCCAGCGGGGCUGACUGGAAGAAAUCCCACAAGGCUGUGGUUCACAUCCAGGUGGAUGACGUCAACGAGUUCAGCCCCGUGUUUCGGGAGUCGCUGUACAAAGCAUCAGUAACAGAAGGCAAAAUCUACGACAGCAUUUUGCAGGUGGAAGCUUGGGACCAGGACUGUUCACCGCAGUACAGUCAGAUCUGCAACUACGAAAUCGUCACUUCAGGGACACCGUUUGCCAUAGAUCGUAAUGGUAACAUCAGAAACACAGAGCGACUGAGUUAUGACAAACAGCAGAGCUACAAGAUCAUGGUGACGGCCUUUGACUGUGGUCAGAAGAGAGCGAAGGAGGAUGUGGCCGUACACAUUGAAGUCAAGCCUGUCUGCAAGCCUGGAUGGCAAGGCUGGAACAAGCGGGUGGACUACGAGCCAGGAACAGGAAGCAAGCAGCUCUUUCCCAAGAUGCAUUUGGAAACAUGCGGUGGUCCUUUGUCUGGGGUGAAGGCGAUGGUAGAGCUGCAGACGAACCACAUCGGGAAGGGCUGUGAUCGUGAAACUUACUCUGAAAAGUCUCUGCAGAAACUCUGCGGUGCAGCAUCCGGCAGCACCGACCUCCUUCCUGCCCCCAGCCCAUCCACAAACUGGACAGCGUCUCUGCUGACUGACAGCGGCAGAGACAGUGACCUUAUCUACAGAUUUGAUGGGCGUCAGGCCACGAAUGUUCCAGAUCACGUGGUGCCCCAAAACCUGACAGACCAGUUCACCGUAGCAACGUGGAUGAAACACGGGCCGAGUCCGGGGCUCAGAGCUGAAAAGGAAACCUUGCUGUGUAACUCUGACAAGACCGAGAUGAACCGCCACCAUUACUCUCUGUACGUUCACAACUGCCGCCUGGUGUUCCUGCUCAGAAGAGAUUUCACUCAGGUUGACACUUUCAGACCUGCCGAGUUCCACUGGAAACUGGAACAGAUCUGUGACAAGGAAUGGCACUAUUAUGUCAUCAACGUGGAAUUUCCUGCAGUGACUCUGUUUGUGGACGGUGUGACCUACGAACCCUAUCUGGUGACGGACGACUGGCCGAUCCACACCUCAAAGAUUGACACGCAGCUGACGGUGGGCGCCUGCUGGCAAGGUGGUGAGGUAGCGACCCCGAGGUUCACUCAGUACUUCCGCGGCAGCCUGUCAGGUCUGACAAUCCGACCAGGACGCAUUGAAACGCAGAAGGUUAUCUCCUGUCUGCAGGCCUGCAAAGAGGGCCUUGAUAUUAACUCCCUUGAAAGCCUUGCCAAGGACAUAAAGUUUCACUUUAACCCGGCUCAGUCUGUGCUGGUGGUGGAAGGAGAGGAUGUGGACAGCAUCAACACAGCCAUGACCAAGGUCUCCUACAUCAACUCUCGCCAGUUUCCGACGGCAGGCCUCCGACGCCUUCGUAUCACCACUACAGCACAGUGUUUUGGCGAGGACACGUGCCUCUCCAUCCCAGACAUUAAGGCAGUAGUUAUGGUGCUGCCGCCCAGUGAACCGAGAAUCACCAUUAUCGGAUCUAAUCGACUCGUCAGGCCUGCCAGUGACCUCCGGGGCCCGCUGGGUGUGGCACCCUUCAAAGAGCUUCACAUCACCAGCACAGUAAUGAAGGGAGACAGCUUCGGAGGAUUCCGCAGGCCUGGUGUGAUGGAGGUGAUGCACAACCUGGACUACUGCGAUGUGCUGGUAAUUGGGGAGGAACUCAAUCCUGACAGAGAGAGUCUGGAGAUUCAUCACAGUGCUCUGCUGGGAAAACACCUUGAUGCCACCAACUCCACUUCUGGAAUAUCAAUAUAUGGUGUGGACUCCAUGGCCCACUAUGAGCAGGCACUGAGACAGGUGCGCUACAGGAACUGGCGACCUGCCACUCUGAGUGAGAGAAGGUUCAGACUCACCUGCUCCGAGCUCAACGGACGUUACACCAGCAACGAGUUCAACUUGGAGGUCAGUGUUCUUCACCACUCAGCGCCUGUGGAACAUGUCAAUCAUAUGGCUGCCCAACCCCAGUACAUGAGGCCCGUCCAUCACCCCCUCAUGAUACACUCUCUCAACUCCCACAUGUCAGGAUCAACACCUCCUGCAGCCACAGUUGUUAUUGUGGUUUGUAUCGCCGCCCUGGUGGUGAUUGUGGUAAUCGGCGUCUACAGGAUUCACGCCACACAUCAGGAAGGUUCCAGAGACGAGGAGGAAGAGGUCAAAGAUCCAGAGGUGGACUGGGACAACUCCGCACUCACCAUCACUGUCAACCCCAUGGAGAACAUAAGAGGACAACAGGCCCUGGGGGAGGAGGCGAGAGAUGAAGAGCGUGAAGAGGAGGAAGAAGGAAAGGACGACGAGCUGGUGGGAGGAGUGACGAGUGCCGAGUCAGACAACGGCGAUGAGGAGGAAGACGAUGAAGGGAGGGAAGAGAUGAAAGAGAGGAAGCAGAAGGGAAAACUUGAGUGGGACAGUUCCUCUGCAACAACAUACUGACCACACACACACACACACAAACAUGAGCAUAUAUCCACACUGACACACACACACUCUCUCUGUGUUCUCUCUUUCUGUCUCUUUCUCUAACAACAACACACACGCACACACACACACACACGUUGUGCUCGGUACAGGUACACAGGAAUAAAAUCUCUUAUGAAAAUAAUUUACAAUCUGUUGCUGGAAAAUACACUUUCAGUCCUUCCGUGGUGUCAUUUUUAAUGAAAUAUCUCCCUCUGCUGGACACAGCCAGACACACACCGGAUCCGCUGCAGUCCCACAGUGCUGGAAAACAUUGUCUGUGUGUACAUUAUUAUUAUUCACAUCACAGUCAGUGAAGCAGAGCAAAAUAUAUCAAACGGGCACAGUCAUCUCAUAAUGUGUGCAGACCUCAGAAUGUGGAGGUUUGCUGAUAAAAUUAAAUCCCAGAAACAUGAAACGGAUCAUAAAUUUUGAGAUCCCAAAAUAAAGAAAGGGUUAAAUUGGCCCAUAUUUAAUACAUGUCUUUAGAUUACUUUUGUAUUCUGUUAAGUUAUUAACCAUUGUAACCACAAGAUGAUGACUGAAUUGAUGUAUCCAUAGACAUGCCCACUAUAUAAUGUAUCCAUGAACUUUUUAAAUAUGAUUCCCAUGACCUAAGUAGUAGGUAUGACAUAGCUGUACUGUCACUCUGUUCUCAUAUUUAUCUCAAACCUGACGCCUGCGUGUUCUGAACAUCUGUGUGAUCAGUGCCGAGUUUCUCCAAAUGCAUCACAGUUCUGUGGCCUGGACACUAAAGAGACAUCUCUCACCGUAAACAUUCCACAUCUGUCCUGGUUUACAUUCAGCACACAGCAGAUUUAUUCGAUGUUGAAUAUCUUCUACUUUCGGUUUCUCAAAAGUAUUUUAAAACUGAAAUGGUCGCGUUUCCUUCAGUGGACUGGAAAAGCUGAUCGUAGUUAAAAUACUGUUUGGAACAAUAGAGCAGAUGGCUCUUUGUUUGCGUCUGUCUGUGUGUCAUAUCUAUCCAUACUGUGGCCUAAUGUAGCUUUUGCUGUUUAGGGUUAGAUCAUUUAUCUUUCUUUUAUCAGCAGAUGAAAUGAUACAGAGAUAUUGCUGUUGUCGACUGAGACCUUGUGUUUAGUUUUUCCUUUAAUGUUUAUAGUAAAGGGAGCCCUCUAUGCAAUUAUGGGCCCAGUAUAACAGACCAGUACGCAGAAACAGGGGCACUCCGGUGAUUUAUAUUGUGACGAUAUGAAGGUGGAGGAGUGAAGAGAGACUCAGUGAAACAGAGGCUGACAUCUUCUGACUUUAGAGUAUCGGUGAUUCCUCAGAAAUACUGUCAGCUAGCUCAGUAGCAUCUCACCUUAGACCUGCCGAUACCUGCCAAGGAGAUGUUUCACAAAACAAUGGCUUCAAACUAGAGACUUCAAUUUGUCACUUCAAGUCAUCUGUUGCAAAGUUCUCUUGUUUUUGACCCUUGUACGUUAUUAACUAUGAAGUCUUGGUUAGCUAAGACUUUCUAACUAAAUCCAUCCAUCUUCUGCUGCUUACUGUCCGGGUCUUGGGGCAGAGCUGCUUAGUCCUCCUGUUGUCCUCAUUUUAUGGGCACCAAAAAUAUUGUUUCCUUGUCUGUAAAAAAAAAAAAAAAAUCAAAAAAAUUCCCCAAAUUUCUGAAAAUUUGCAAAACCUCCAGUAAUUCCUUAAAAGUUUUCCUUAAAAGUUUUAUUUUUAAAAAAUACCCCAAAUUUGGAAAGAAAAUUGUUGCAAAUAUUUUAAAAAAAAAUAGUAAAAAGGUUCCAAAAAAUCCUACAAAUAUCUAAAGUGAUUACAUAUAUAUUAGUAAAACUUCUAAUAUUUUCAUUAACAUUCACAAAAAAUCAACCAAAAUCCAGCGAAAAUCGCUGGAUUUUGGUUGAUUUUUUUGUGAAUGUUCUUAAACAUUUUUUAGCAUUUCUUUUUUCCACCAAAAAAUGUUCAAAGAUUUUCCAAAAAUGUUGAAAAUGUGGACAUCAGAAGUUUCACUGUGAAAUUGUUUUUUUUUCUCCACAUUUUCAAUCUUUGAAACGGGUCAAUUUUGACCCACAGGACCACACAAGGGCUACACCUUCUGCUCCUUCUCCAGCUUUUCCGGCAUGACACCCAGAUAUUCACAAGCCCACCAAGACACAUAAUCUCUCCGGUGCAUCCGGGGUCUGCCCUAGGGUCUCCUCCUGGUUGGAGGCACCUCAUGUGGAGGUGUUCAUGAGGCAUCCGAGACAGACACCUGAACCGCCUCAGCUGGCUCUGUUUGAGGUGCUCAGGGCAUCUGUCUAAGAUGUCCCAUGUGGUGGAUUUGAUGGCAGGUGAAGGCUGGAGGAAAUGCACGGUCCAAUACACGGCUGUAAAGUCAGCUUUAGGGACUUUUCAAACUGAAAAAGAGCUCAAAUGUUUGCCUUCUAGAAAGAUUUAGCAGUAACAUGGAGAAAAACAUUUUAAAAAAUCAGGUCACAUAAGAUCUUAGAUGCAUUUUGUUUCGUGUCACAUGUCAGCAGGCGUGUGAAAACAGAUGUGGUGUUUUUGAGCUGCACACUUCCAGUUUGUUACAAACUCUGAUGUUGAAGCAAAAAUUAAACCCUCAGAUGACGUUAUUUGAAGAAAAGUGAUAGUCAUGUGUAAAAUCAUUGGAGUGCCCCUUUUAAGUCGGGUAAAGCCCCACAGAGCAACUUUGGUAAAUGUUGGCGCUAAGAGGCAGUGAAUGUUUAUUUUCACAACUACAACUUGUACCGUCACUAUUACAGAUUAACUCUCUCUGUCACACAUAAGUGAGUUACAGGAGUUUGUCUACAUCUACAUGCCGAUGAGCUAAAUGAACCCCGACAUCCCCAUUUCUGUGUGUGGACGAUGACUCCUCCUCCCUCUGCGCUCUCCAACGUUCGCCCUCCCUCCCUCCCUCUGUUGGCCUUUAAGCACCUGUGAUAGUGAUGUCAUCAUUGUGAAACAACUGCCUUGUUUCCUCCGUCCCCCUUUUGUCAUAUUAUGCUUCUGAAAGAUUAAAGAGAAAAAAAGAGAUUCUUUUACAUAUAAAAACAAACCCUGUAAAAAUGUUCAAGACAGUUAUUUUAUAUAUCGGUUUGGUUUUCUUUUUGUAAACAAAAUGGUUGGGAUUUCUCUCUCUUCAGUGGUCAUCCCACUGCUUUCUGUAUACUGACCAAUAAAAACUUGUUUUAGACUCUA